AUGGCACUCGGCAUGUUGUCCUGUGCAGCAAAGAUUGUGCUUGCUCAAGCGGAUCGUGACAAAGCAGUACUUGACCUUCUCCAGAAACUGGGUCAAGUUUACAGCUUCAUGAUUCAAGAUGAGAUCCUCGGUCAGAUUCCGUCGAUGAGCCCUAUUCUGGGACAGAUCUCUCAGCAAACCCUUGAAUGUGCCCAUUUUAUCAGGGAUUAUUCGGACAAGAAGAACUUCUGGGGAAAGACUCACAAAAAAUGUCCUUUUGGAAACAAAUGACACAAUUCAACGGUACAACAACGUGUUGGAUAGGCUCAUGCAAAACUUCCGGGACCAAACCCUUCGGGACGUAGCCAUCUUCAUUCACUGUACGGGUAA